AUGAAGAACGAGGAGAAAGAACCACAAUUAUCACAUGAAGAAGGUGCCUCAUUAGGGGAACAAUUAUUGGAUGCUAGUAGAAGAAACAAUGAGGAUUUGUUUGACACUGUGAUUGCUACGAUCGGUAAUGAGGAUCAGAAUAGAUUGUCUAAAUUAAUUAAUGAAUCACAUGAUCCUAUGGGAAACACAGCGUUACAUCUUUGCUGUCAAUAUGGGUCGUGGGAAGUCUUGGACAAAUUGCUCGAUUUAGAUGCAGAUAUAGAGAUAGAUAACAAGAAUAAGAGCAAUGGAGAUACCCCUUUACAUUUGGCAGUCAGAUACUCGCUAGAGGAACCUGAACAUGGGACUUUUAUUGUAUCAAAUCUUAUUGAAGUUGGUGCGGAUCCUAGAAUCAAAAACAACCAUGGUCAAAAGCCAAGUGAUUUGAUACAUGGAGACGAAUUGGAUGAUUUGUUUGAUUUAUUACAAGGUGCAGAAUUGGCUGCUGAUAAUGGUGGUAUGGAAGGUUUGCAAGAGCAAGAAAUUGAUGUGUCUGACGAUAAUGAUGAGUAA